UCUCAUAACUCCCCUCUGCUGCUCGUUUUCAACAUAACUUCAACUAUUGGUGCAUUUAAUAUUUAAUGAUAAACAUUGAGCCCGCUCGGUCCUGCGAGUCCUCCCUCCUCUCCCUCCUCCUCCAUCUACUCUGCGCUCCUCUCUUCGCCACCUGUUAGUCCAUCUCCCACACUGCUCUGCACUGGAAUCCCCUCUUCCUCUUCUUUUUUUAUGAGGAGUUCCACACUUGCUUUGAGUCUUCCUAGUUUCAUCCCAAUGACCGUGCAAAAAGGAAAAAGUCUGGCUAUCACCAUCCAAGAGCACAUGGCCAUCGAUGUCUGCCCAGGACCAAUCCGGCCCAUUCGCCAAAUCUCAGCCUACUUCCCUCGUCUCUCGCCUACUUCUUCCUUCUCGGAGCCACUCUUGCCCAAUCAGACAGGAGCAACCGCCGCCCUCAGUCCUGGUAGUGCAGGUCAAGUUGGAGCGGGAGGAGGCAGCAGUGGCCUGCUGUCACCUCUGUUAGCGGCAGGAAGCGGGGGUGGGGGCUCACUAUCCGCCAUGAGCAGCAUUGACACCUCCAUCGAGGUCGACAGCUGUGACAGCGACGAUAACACCUCUUUGGGGACAUUGGAGUUCGACCUGCUGUAUGACAGAGCCACAAGCUCCUUACACUGCACUGUCCUCAAAGCCAAGGGACUGAAACCGAUGGAUUUCAAUGGCUUGGCUGAUCCCUACGUGAAGCUACACCUUCUGCCAGGAGCCUGCAAGGCCAACAAACUGAAAACUAAGACUGUCCGCAACACCCUGAACCCGAUUUGGAAUGAGACGCUCACAUACUGCGGCAUCACUGAGGAAGACAUGUAUCGAAAAACUCUCAGGGUGUCUGUGUGUGACGAAGACAAGCUGACGCAUAAUGAGUUCAUCGGAGAGUCGCGGAUUGCACUGCGUCGCGUCAAGCCCGACCAGAUCAAGCAUUUUAACAUCUGUCUGGAGCAUCCACCGCCUCUGCCCUCACCCACAGCGAUGAGCACGGCCCUCAGAGGAAUCUCCUGUUACUUGAGAGAGUGGGAGACAGAGCAGCAGAGAAGUCUGGAAGAGAGAGGACGCCUGCUGCUCUGCCUGCAGUAUCUACCCCCGACUGACAACGAUGAUGCUGACGGGAAGGGUGAGGCCAAGGAGAGGACUCGUGGUGGGCUGUGCGUUGGCGUUAAGCGCUGCGCACACCUGGCUGCUAUGGAUGUUAACGGCUUCUCCGACCCCUAUGUUAAAACGUACCUCAAACCAGAUGUUCAGAAGAAAUCCAAGCACAAAACUGCUGUUAUAAAAAAGACUCUCAACCCAGAGUUUAAUGAGGAGUUCUUCUAUGAAAUCUCCUUCUCAGAGCUCGCCACCAAGACAUUAGAGGUCACCGUUUGGGAUUACGACCUCGGCAAGUCAAAUGACUUCAUUGGGGGCGUGUCCUUAGGGUGCCACUCGCAGGGGGAGACCUUACAGCACUGGAUAGACUGUCUGAAGAACAAGGGCAAGAAAGUGGAGCGCUGGCACACGCUGACCAAUGAGCUGCCCGGCUCCAUCGUGCAGGAAUGAAGUGCACCUCUCAGUACUGUACGCUGCUGUGACACUGCAUCUGAAGAGGGCAUUAUCCCUCACUUAUCUGGAGGAUUUUCUGCAUGACUGUAAAGGGCAAACAGCUGCCUAGUGUUGUGUCACAAAUUAAGUUAUACAGCAAAACACAUCAACAGGGGUCACAUUCAAAGAUCAGUGGGUUGAAUCACAGAUUAUAACACUCGCCUGCACAAAGCUGCUUUAUAAUGAUCUUUUUCAUUGGGAUGCUUGAUCUUUUUUGUGGAUUUUGGUGUCAAUUUAAAGAGACAUUUACACGUACUGUUGGGCUGCAAAGUGAUUGAGCAUUUUGGUAAAUUUCUAGAAACUUAGCUGAAGAAUUUUGGACAUAUUCAGUUGGAAAAAGCUGGGACAUUUCCCAAAACAAUUGACAAGAAUUUGGUGUCAUUUUUACAAACUGUGACGUAUACAAACAUAAGCAAGAUAUAGUUUGGCCAUAAACAGACAUGCAUGCAAACUGAGAUUUUACAGCAUUAGAAUAUACUUUUUAUAUAUUUUUUGUUUUGUCAUAUGAAGACAUGCAUGCUAACUAGCAUUUUGAUAUGUUUUUUCUGUUUUGCUUAAGAAGACAUGAAUGCUAACUAUUAUUUUAAAACAUUUUGAGAUAUUGUCAAGGCUCCAGCAUACACGUUAUCCUAGUGAGGAGAAGCAGUACCGAAAAUGGAUUAUUAUUAUCUUUUUGUCAUUAGCAGACAUGCACGCAAACUAAUAUUUUAAAACAUGUAGCUAGUGUUAUUAACAAGCUAAUGUUAAUAUUUAUAUUUUUUUGUCAUAAGCACAGGUCUGUCUUCUUGACAUAAUUAUCUAACAAUAACUCAAUUGUUUUACAUAUUCAACUUAAAACAAUUUUAAAGACAAAACUGGAAAAAAAUGAUCAUGUAUUCACUUAAGUCUUGUAUAUUACCACUUACAAAAUUCUGUUUAUUCCCAUGGAAAGUUUCCAACUUUUCAAGAACAUUCUGGUCUUUUGCAACCCAAUUUACACGGUUUCUUCAAACUGGAAACCUUUUAAAAGAGUACUAUUUGUUUACAUGACAACACAAAUAUUGGAAAAUGGGUCUACAGGUGUAACAUUUGUUAAAUUAUACCUUCUGUGAAAACGGGGGACAUGCUAAUGUAUGCUAAGCGCCCAGUGUAGCAUUGUGGAAGUUGGCGCCACAAUUUUAAAGACAAAACUGGAAAAAAAUGAUCAUGUAUUCACUUAAGUCUUGUAUAUUACCACUUACAAAAUUCUGUUUAUUCCCAUGGAAAGUUUCCAACUUUUCAAGAACAUUCUGGUCUUUUGCAACCCAAUUUACACGGUUUCUUCAAACUGGAAACCUUUUAAAAGAGUACUAUUUGUUUACAUGACAACACAAAUAUUGGAAAAUGGGUCUACAGGUGUAACAUUUGUUAAAUUAUACCUUCUGUGAAAACGGGGGACAUGCUAAUGUAUGCUAAGCGCCCAGUGUAGCAUUGUGGAAGUUGGCGCCAUAUUUGUUAGGUUGUUGCAUGUAAGACUUGCAUUCCUGAUACACACGACCAAAACAUCCAUGGCAAAGUGUACAUUAACGACAGUGGAGAUGAAUUACUUACAAGCAUGUCCCAUUUAAGCACAUAUGCUGGUGAAGGCUAUUCUUCAAAAGGUAGUUUUCACCGUGAAGAAUGAAGACAAGUAGUUGGGGUACAGGGGAGUACAGCGUUUUUAAAAGGCGACAUCGCCACCUAUUGGCAUGGCAUGCACAGCGUUUCCAGAACACAUUUUCUUUGGUCAUUGAUAUGCAAACUUA